CAUGAAAUACCUUAAACAGGAUAUGACGUCAAUCUUCACAAAAACUAAAAGAUUCGCGUUAUUUCCGGACACAUCGUUCCUUGUCACUAAACGCAUCGUCCCACAGCCUGACAUUACUCGACCAAAGACAUCACGACUGACUCUGGGAAUUAAACACAAGCCAUUGAAGUUGGUGGCCCUCUGAAGCCAUGGUGGAAUAUUACCAGAUUUUAGGGGUGCAGAGAAAUGCUUCUCCAGAUGACAUCAAAAAAGCUUACAGGAAACUAGCUCUCAGGUGGCAUCCAGAUAAGAACCCAGAUAAUAAGGAGGAGGCCGAAAAAAAAUUUAAAGAACUUUCAGAGGCUUAUGAAGUCCUUUCAGAUGCAAACAAGAGGAACUUAUAUGAUCGAUAUGGUAAAGAAGGAUUAAAUGGAAGCGGAGGAGGUGGAGGAACACACUUUAACGGUGACCACUUUGGAACAUUCACAUUCCGCAAUCCAGAGGAUGUCUUUAGGGAAUUUUUCGGUGGAAGAGAUCCAUUCGCAGACUUCUUUGGUGGAGAUCCAUUUGGCAAUGACUUUUUUGGUGGCCCUCGAAGGCACCAGAGGGGCAUGAGUAGGAGCCGAACAGGCGGGUCUUUCUUCGGAGGCUUUGGGGGAUUCCCACCUUUCGGGGGAGGAUUUUCAUCUUUUGACGCAGGUUUCACUCCAUUUGGCCAUAUGGGAGGAGGUGGCUUUACUUCUUUCUCCUCAACCUCGUUUGGUGGAGGGGGAGGCGGCGGUGGCGGCGGCGGCAUGGGUAGCUUCCGCUCUGUGUCAACAUCUACUAAAUUCAUCAACGGCAGGAAAGUCACUACGAAAAGAAUCAUUGAGAACGGUCAGGAACGGAUAGAAGUGGAAGAAGACGGACAGUUAAAGUCUCUAACCAUAAAUGGUAAGGAACAACUCCUGCGAUUGGAGCACAAGUAAGCUAACGGAGCCGUUUCAGCACAAACUUGAGCUUAAUAAACAAUGUUAGUACUGUCGUUCCGAUGUCUGUACAUUUCGUUUUCCUGCCUGCCUGUUUGUUGGUUGGUUGGUUGGUUUUUGUUUUUCUCCGUUUAUAAUUUUAUGGUUGUUUUUCCAAGCAGUUUUGUUACUAUAUUUAUAAAUAAGACUGUCAGUAUUUUGCGCAGGGUACGUUUUGUUUUUUACUUGUAUAUUUGGGACCAUAAUGUGAGAUCACUUUUUUCCCGCAAGCACGUUGUUGUGUUGCAGUAUCCUCAUGAAUGCACAUUGGCUUUAGAAUAGCGCUUAUGGGGCUGGAAGGUAAAUGAGAACUUUUGUGCAAUUGUGCAUGAGUUACCCAACUGAGUGUGUUGAAUUGGAAUACGUUACUUGCUGUUCAAACCUUAUGGCAACUUGUCUAAUUAGUUUAACUUGUCUAAUAAUAUAAUCUGUGUAAAUGCUGGUAGAACGCUAGAUUUAUUGUACUGAUAUGCAAUUUUUAUUAUUAUUAUUAUUAUUAUUAUUAUUAAUUUAAUUGUUUUGUUCAUUAUUAUUAUUGCAUGUACAACAACAAAAAUGUUGUUUAUAGUUCUAAUGUCUUUACUAAAUAACCUGAUGAGAAUCAGAGUUAAUGUUAUGACUGCUAUAUUUCAAGGAACUUUGUGUACUUUGUAAAAGAAUUUGAACCUAAAUAAAUGAGUUUCAUCCUUUUUGGGGAUGUGGCA